UGCAAGCGGCGCCGGGCUGUCCGGCGGGCGGGCGGUGGGAGAUGGCGGAGUAUCUGGCCUCCAUCUUCGGAACAGAGAAGGACAAAGUCAACUGUUCAUUUUAUUUCAAAAUUGGAGCUUGUCGUCAUGGAGACAGAUGUUCUCGAUUGCACAACAAACCAACAUUUAGCCAGGAAGCGAUGCUGUUGUAAGCUUGCCUGUAGUAGAGACCAACCAGUGCUAACUUUCAGACAACUUGAUUUUAAGAAGAACGGUACAAAUACCAUCUUGAUUCAAAACAUCUAUCGUAACCCCCAAAACAGUGCACAGACGGCUGACGGCUCACACUGUGCUGUGAGUGAUGUUGAAAUGCAGGAACAUUACGAUGAAUUUUUUGAGGAGGUCUUCACAGAAAUGGAAGAAAAAUACGGUGAAGUUGAGGAGAUGAAUGUUUGUGAUAACCUUGGAGAUCAUCUAGUUGGAAAUGUAUAUGUAAAGUUUCGCCGUGAAGAAGAUGCAGAAAAGGCUGUGAUUGACCUGAACAAUCGCUGGUUUAAUGGACAGCCCAUUCAUGCUGAGCUCUCACCUGUGACUGACUUCAGAGAGGCUUGUUGCCGUCAAUAUGAAAUGGGGGAGUGUACACGAGGAGGUUUCUGCAACUUUAUGCAUUUGAAGCCCAUUUCUCGGGAGUUAAGACGCGAAUUGUAUGGGCGUCGUCGUAAAAAGCAUAGGUCCAGGUCGAGGUCCCGUGAACGUCGGUCUAGAUCCAGAGAUCGUGGUCGUGGAGGUGGUGGUGGAGGAGGAGGAGGACGUGAACGUGAUAGGAGGCGGUCAAGAGACCGUGAAAGAUCUGGUCGAUUCUGAGCCAUGCCAUUUUUACUGUAUGUCUGCUAGAAAGUGUUGUAGUUUGACCAAACAAGUUCAUAAUGAGAUUUUUUUUAAAGAUGGGCUUCUGAAUAAAAAUUUGUAGUGAUACAGUAUUCUUUGUGUAACUUGUUUCUUGUGGGGGGAGUCUUUUUAAUUGUCAUUCUUCUAUCUUGACAAAUACAUGGAUUAACUAUGCCUGAGGGAAAGGUGGUAAAUGUAUUGGAGGAGCACCAUUUUUUUUUCUUUUUAUUCGGGUAUGAUUUGAACUGUUGAUGAAGAUGUGUGUGUAUAUAAUAUAAAAUAUUAUAUACAUAGUAAAAAUAAUAUACUGCUUGAGAAACAGUUACUCACAUAAGUUUCCCUUUUCUGCUAUGCUGUCUGCUUAUUUAGGUUAGUUUAGGCACAUUUAAAAGAAAGGCUGUGCGAAGUGCAUUUAUUUACCAAGUAGAAAUGCUUAGUUAAAAAAAAAUGUAUGUUUGUUUGUUACUAGAAGUCUGUGCUCUGUCUACUAAUGUGACUGUGGCAUUUACAAUAAAUCCAAUUCCUUGGUGUAAAAUCUAAAGCCUAUUUUCUAAGCACUCUGGAGCAGUUGAGUUGCUGCUCUUGACUGUUCCAGAGUUCACAGUUCAAUUUCUUAUGAUUCUUGAUUAAAUCCCUUGUCUUUGGCUAGAAGGAAAUUACCUAGUGCAGCGGGAAGGAUAAUAAUCUUACUGCAGUGAUUCAUAAUAGGCAGGUGAGUUGUUCCAAAACUCAUACUCCAUUGCAGCAGGGUGUAUUUACAUAGGAUGUAUUGAAGGAAGUACAAGGUCCUGAAAUACAAGGACCAAAUUUAUUAACAGCUUAAAUUUUUUUCACUCUUGUGUUCUCUUGGCUGUCCUUUAAUAGAAAACUUUUCAUUAGUGUUCAGUAUCAUACUAAAUUAAUUGGACACUAGUGGAAAACAAAUCAUUUUUUUCCAGCUUCACUCACUUGCAAGAGGUCUGAAGUGGGAUUAAAAACUAGUGAACAGAUGAGAGUUUCUUCACAAAAAAAAAAACCUCCUGUCUUAACUGAAUUGCACAAUAAGUAUAAUUAGUAAGAUGUGCAUCUUUUAAGAAUUUAAAGCUCUAAUUGAAAUAUUGCUGGAACGUCUUGAGAGACAAUUUGUACAAUAGCUGACUUUCAGUUUAAAUUCAUUCAUUUCUGCUUUUAUUCAAAUUGCUUAUGAGAUAGCAUGACAUUUUGGUUAAUGAUCAUAUUUCUGCAAGAUAAAAUUUUACAUACAUGAAGCUUCCUAAUACAAUGCAACUUCCAGUGUAGAAGAGAACUUACUAGUGCUCUGUUAGUUCUCAGAGUUGGAUAACUUCCUAAAUGGUAGAUCUAUUCCUCAAUUAUUUAAAAAGAAGUGCAAAGGAUAUGUAAGCUUUACACAGAUUAACAAACCAGCUUUUCCCUCCAAAAUAAGCCUAAAAACAUUUUGCUCACUGGAACUUGGAACUGGGACACAAAGUACUGAAAAGUGUGGCUUUAAAAAUUAAUGUCUUGCCUGUUUAAACCUUUUUGUUCCAAUUCAGAUUGAAUUGCUUAUGUUUCUACUGGAUGGUUUUGUUAACCAGAUUAUGAAACUUCUUUUGUCAUUAACCUCUUUAAAGAAAUGUAUCUCUACACGAAGAUGGGUUUGCUGUUUACAUUGUGUUACAAGUAAAUAAAUCAAAUUAUGCUUUCUUUUUCACUUGAAGAAACUGAGCAGUGCCUAGAAUAGAUGGCUAAAGUGAAACCUGUAGUAUUUCUGCUAGGCAUUAGGAAUUUAACAUUGAUAACUUAGUUCUUGCAGUUUACAGCAUAUUAAUCCAGUUCCAUUUCCUCUUCAGUGAGGUUAGGGUUCUUAGUGAGCUAAUUUAAAUUUCAAGCUCAAAAAGGUGAGGAUAGCCUUUUUGUUUUUUUUUUUUUAACACAGCAUCUAGUAUAAUGUUACUAUGUUUAAGACCCUGUUUUACACAGAGAUUAAUAAUGCAAGCUGAUUUGCUAUUAGUUUUAUAGCAAAUUAGCAGAUUAGUUUUAAAGUAACAUAAGUGUGUCCCUCUAAUGGUUUUCACCAGUUUAGGUAAACCUUAUUAAACAGCAGGUAUAUUUUUGUAUGAUAGCAGAAGUUGCAUUUCCCCUCUCUCAGUACAAUUUCUCUUAAAAAGAAAGCCCAUUUGAAUUCCACUUAAUGCAUAAUUCUGUUGUCUGAUUCCACAGCUGCCUAAGAAUUAAUGACAUAACUGGAAUAUGUCAUAUAGGGCAUUGAAAGCAAAGGAUUUUACUGGAUACUCAAGAGAAAAAUAUACAUUGAUCAUUACCUGUAAGGCUGGUUAGUGACAGCAUUCAGCACGUAAACUAAGCUCAUGAUGUAUCUUUUGCUAAGUUCACCUUCUGUAUGACUGUACAUUACCAGUAAAAUGCAUCAAAUCUGAAAUUUAAACUGCACAAACUUGGUUAAAUACUUAGACAUUUGUCCAAACUGGACAAGUUUAUCAAUAUAAAGACAGUGGAAAUCCCAUCUCAUCCUUCCAGUGUAGUUCACAUUGUCUCAGAGUAAGAAUUCCCCUCUUUCGCAAAGGUACCCACUUCUCACAAAUAUUUCAAUGUCAGCUCUUCUGUUAAACGGUGGAUGUUAGUUUAUGGAAUUCCUUUACCUCAAAUAAGUGACAGCAUACAGUAUUUUCUUAAAUCAGAGUCAAUUUGAUUGAAACUGUUAAUCCCAAGUGGCUUCCUCUUAUUUGUAUUUGGCUCUUACUCUGUGAAAAUGCUGCUUGUCCAUGAAUAUGAUGUAUGUUGAGACUGUAAAACCAAAUGGAGAAAACUUGUUCAAAAUAAAGCCUUUUUUUAUAAGAA